GACCGAAAAUCCAUUUCAAAAGUUACACCUCUACGCUGCGCGCCUUAAGCUCUUCCAGCAUACCGGAUUUCAUAAUGGCGGGUUCCCAGUUAAAAAGGUUAAAGGCAUCCCUUAGAGAAAAGGGGGUUAUAGGUCCGCAGCUAUCUAAAAAGCAGAAAAAGAGAAAUGCGCAGGAUGGGAAAGCGAACAACAACCGCCGGUUCCAAAAGGCGGCAGAAUUGGAAGGCAUCCGAGAAGAAUUUAAUCCCUUCGAUUUGAAACACAAUGCUCGCGGUCCCAAGUUCCAAGUUACGACAAAUAGACCAGCGGCUAGCAAUGCCGCGAAGGGUAGACCUACCGAAGCAAAGUCGCUUGGCGAGGAGAGGCGACGCCAAACUCUUCUUGUGGAACUUAACCGACGCCACAAAGUAGGCGGUAUACUCGACCGACGAUUUGGCGAAAACGACCCGUUUAUGACCCCCGAAGAAAAGAUGCGGGAAAGAUUCGUGAGGGAAAAGACGAGUCACAAGGGUUCUAUGUUUGAUCUCGAGGAUGAUGAACCUAGCGAAGGACUUACACAUCUUGGACAAUCUCUAUCGUUGGAUGGUCCGGGCUUGGCGGAUGACUUCGACGAAGACGACCUUUCAGCCGGAUCCGAUGCAGGCGGCUCAGACGACGAGCACCGUGGCUUAAAACGCGCACGACCCUUCGACGACGAAAUCCAAGAAGGCGACCAAGUAGAAGGGCAACCGGAAAAGAAGAAAACAAAACAAGAGGUUAUGAAGGAAGUCAUCGCAAAAUCAAAAUUCUACAAGGCCGAACGACAGGCAACCAAAGAUGCCGACGAGGACUUACGAGAGGAACUUGACAUGGAACUUCCAGAUCUCCAUGACUUACUAUUCAACCGAAAGAAGACGGCCGAUGCUGCCGACACCAAAGAAGCAGACGGUGCUGCCGGUAGGGAAAGGAUGGAACGCGACUAUGAUAUGCGUCUGAGGCAAUUAGCGCAAGACAGAAGAGCGCAACCUACAGACCGAUCUAAAACAGACGAAGAAAAAGCACAAGAGCAAUCAGAAAGGCUAAAGGAACUCGAGGAAAAGAGGCUGAGAAGAAUGCGCGGAGAAGAAGCUAGUGAUAGCGAGGACGAGCAGGACGAACAGGAUGUCGCAGAUACCCAAUUGGAACGGAAUCCAACUAAUGGCCCAAUUUUAUUCACGGAAAUGGAGGAAGAUGACUAUGGGCUCGGGAAGGGAAUUAAGACCCUACCAACCGCGACGGAACUCGGCUUUGAUGAUGAGGAUGACUUCAUCAUCGAAGACAACUUAAUUGCCAGUGACUCGGACCUGGAGCCUGUCGAAAGCGAGGCAUCAUCAGAUGAAGAGGAGUCGGGCGCCGAAGACGACGAUGAGUUUACGAGAGGAUUACUAAACGAAGAAGAGACACAAAAUCCGAUAUUCAGCAACCGGCUCGCGGGCUCUACAGCGACAACGGAUAUCAAACAAGAUCCAAACGGGUUGCCCUAUACUUUCCCCUGUCCACAGACUCUGGAGGAAUUCGUCGAGAUUGCACGCAGUAUCCCUAUAGAACACCUCCCAACUGCCGUACAGAGGAUAAGGGCCUUAUAUCACCCGAAACUGGAUAGCGAUAAUAAGUCAAAAUUGGCCAAUUUCGUGGUAAUUCUUAUUCGGCAUGUGGUAUAUCUAUCCAACCUCAAAGAAUUGCCACCCUUCUCAAUACUCGAAAAUCUCAUUCGACACAUCCAUUCUCUCGCGAAGUCAUAUCCUAUUGAAACCGCAAACGAAUUCCGCUCGCACUUGGAGAGUUUUGGUCAAUCAAGACCACUUUCACCAAACCUUGGAGAUUUGGUGAUAUUGACUGCCAUUGGAACCAUAUUUCCGACGUCAGAUCAUUUCCACCAAGUAGCAACCCCGGCUGGGCUACUCAUCGCACGAAAUCUUGAGAAGGUCCCCAAAUUAAUCACUGAUUAUACUCAAGGGGCCUAUCUAUCAACCUUAGCCCUUCAGUACCAGCAGGUUUCGAAACGUUAUGUCCCAGAGCUAAUGAAUUUCUGCCUCAACACAUUAUGCGCCCUUGCGCCCUUGAAACCCGUGGGCACAUUGGGAUGUUUCCCAAUCCACGAGCCUACACCUGGAACUCGCGUCGUCCAUGCCCGUUCAAUCUCUGUGAAGAAGUUGACUCCUUCUGAUUGUGUCGAACGGGACGUAUCCGAUAAAGAAAUUGUCUCAAUUCAAGUUGCAAUAUUGGCUACAACAGUUCAAUUACUAGAAGCGGCAGCGGACCUCUACAGCGGCAAGGCGGCAUUCUUCGAAACAUUCGAACCAGCCAAGAAUAUUUUGGCCCAUCUAGCUAGCAAGCCGUGUAGAUCCAAGCUUCCGCCUGCUCUAAACGACCAAGUUGAAAAACUUCGAUCCAAAUUAGACAGGAUGUUGAGACUUGCUCAUAUGGCCCGACGACCCUUGGAGUUACAUCAUCACAGACCCCUCCCCAUCAAGACGGCGGUACCUAAGUUCGAGGAUUCAUUCGACCCGAACAAGCACUACGACCCAGACCGCGACCGUGCAGAACUAUCCAAGCUGAAGGCGGAGCACAAGAAGGAACACAAGGGUGCCAUGCGGGAGCUACGGAAGGACGCGAACUUCAUGGCCCGCGAACAGCUCAGGAUGAAGAGGGCCAAGGACACCGCUUACGAGAAGAAGUACAAGAGAUUGGUGGCCGAGAUCCAGGGCGAGGAAGGCAAAGAGGCCAACGCGUACGAAAGAGAAAAGCAGAUGCGGAAACGCGCUGCGAAGAGGGGUUAGUCUGUUCGGCUCUGCAGCGGCGCAUCGGUAUGUUGGCGUGCAGGGUUGUAUACAUAAAUUGUGGAUAGGACCACGUGGUAUAGCAAUAGAACUAGGUGCUUACACUCCAUCAAUGCUGUGGGUUACAUACCUAGUGGGUUGACGAAAUGAAUGGAUAUCCCACAAGCGGGACCCAGUGUUUAAGGGGAAGGCGGAUGCCCGGAUACCGGGAGUGUAGAGGGAAGGAUGGGUUGGUGUGGAGAUCAGGAUAGCCGUAGAUAAAUAAAGUCUUCCGGAAUCA